CUCCAUGGGCCUCAGGCACUUCUGAGGUGAAGAUCGUCUGUGAAGGCUGAGCAUUUCCUGAGAAAGGCUCUUUCAUACCAGCACAGUAAUAACAAUGGUGAUGGAGAUGGUGCUGGUGGUGAUUAUAAAGCUGAUGGUGAAGGAGAUGGUGGUGGUGAUGAUGCUGGCGAUGAUUAUAGAGCUGAUGGUGAUGGUGAAGGAGAUGGUGGUGGUGAUGCUGGUGAUGAUUAUAGAGCUGAUUGUUAUGGUGAAGGAGAUGGCGUUGGUGAUGAUGCUGGUGAUGAUUAUAGAGCUGUUGGUGAUGAUGAUGGUGAAGGAGAUGGUGGUGGUGAUGAUCCUGGUGAUGAUUAUAGAGCUGAUGGUGAUGAUGAUGGUGAAGGUGAUGGUGUUGAUGAUGAUGAUGGUGAUGAUUAUAGAGCUGAUGGUGAAGGAGAUGGUGGUGGUGAUGAUGCUGGUGAUGAUUAUAGAGCUGAUGGUGAUGGUGAUGGUGAAGGAGAUGGUGGUGGUGAUGCUGGUGAUGAUUAUAGAGCUGAUGGUGAUGGUGAAGGAGAUGGUGGUGGUAGUGAUCCUGGUGGUGAUUAUAGAGCUGAUGGUGGUGGUGAUGAUGCUGGUGAUGAUUAUAGAGCUGAUGGUGAGGAUGAUGGUGAAGGAGAUGGUCGUGGUGGUGAUGAUGGUGGUGAUUAUAGAGCUGAUGGUGAUGGAGAUGGUGAAGGAGAUGGUGGUGGUGAUGAUGCUGGUGAUGAUUAUAGAGCUGAUGGUGAUGGUGAAGGAGAUGGUGGUGGUGAUGUUGCUGGUGGUGAUUAUACAGCUGAUGCUGAUGGUGAUGGAGAUGGUGAAGGAGAUGGUGGUGGUGAUGAUGCUGGUGAUGAUUAUAGAGCUGAUGGUGAUGGAGAUGGUGAAGGAGAUGGUGGUGGUGAUGAUGCUGGUGAUGAUUAUAGAGCUGAUGGAGAUGGUGAAGGAGAUGGCGGUGGUGAUGAUGCUGGUGAUGAUUAUAGAGCUGAUGGUGAUGGUGAAGGAGAUGGUGGUGGUGAUGAUGCUGGUGAUGAUUAUAGAGCUGAUGGUGAUGAGGAUGGUGAAGGAGAUGGUGGUGGUGGUGAUGCUGGUGAUGAUAAUAGAGCUGAUGGUGAUGAUGGUAGCAAGAGCUGCCACUCUGAGUGCCUAUUCUGUGUCAGGCACCUUCAUCCCCACCAGAACGCCUAGCAGAGCCCCUGAAUGUCUGACUCUGCAUCCCAUGGUCAUGCUCUUAUUCCACUAAAUUCACAUUCUUCAACCAGCCUGAAACAUCUAAUGGCCACUGCCCCUGACUCACUUAUUUUGUUUCUUGGCAUGCAGUAAGCGGUUGAUAAAUGUUUAUAAAUAGAGGGGUCUGGGACACGUGGAAGUGCAGGGGAUGCUCCCAGUACCUGCGUGGCUUUGCUGAGGGGCUCGGAGGGGAGCUUUUUCCCUGGACAGAGUGGAGCAGCCCUUUCCCCUGCCCCCACACAUCAAGAGAGCUGCCGACCAGAGAGUAGAUACAGUGAGAGAACUUUGGGGGCUGUGACCUGAGUGCUUUCUGAGCUAGUGAGUGCAGUAGUGUCCUC